AUGGGGGAGGCCAAUUCGCCGUCGGUGCCACUAACCGGAGGUGAGGCUGCGGCACUUGCCGGUGUCGGAGCCGGAGCCGUGGGCACAGGCUUGCUUGCACAUGAGCAACAGCAGAGUAGCGAGCAGCGAAGGGAGCAAGAACUACCGACCACCCUUCCGCCACCGCCAGGACCUCCGCCGCAAGCAGAACAGUCACAGCCAGAAGCGGAGAAAGAUUAUCACGGUACGCUACCGAGCCACCAGACGGUCAACUCUAUUGCGCCUAUCGAGGACAAGAAGUGGCUUCUACCGCCACUGCGACAGGAUCUGCGUGGACGCAAAUGCCUUGUACUGGACUUGGAUGAGACUCUAGUGCACAGUAGCUUCAAGAUCUUACAUCAAGCAGACUUCACCAUACCCGUCGAGAUCGAAGGCCAAUACCACAACGUAUACGUCAUCAAACGGCCAGGUGCCGACGCCUUCCUCAAGCGUGUGGGCGAGAUAUACGAAGUCGUGGUCUUCACGGCCUCCGUGUCCAAGUACGGUGAUCCUGUGCUCGACAAUCUCGACAUCCAUCAUGCGGUCCAUCACCGGCUGUUCCGUGAGAGCUGCUUCAACCACCAAGGCAACUACGUCAAGGAUCUGAGCAUGAUGGGCCGCGACCUGCGAGACACGAUCAUCAUCGACAAUUCACCGACGAGCUACAUCUUCCACCCACAGCACGCUCUGCCUAUCAGUAGCUGGUUCAGCGAUGCGCAUGACAACGAGCUGCUCGACCUGAUACCCGUACUGGAAGACCUUGCCGGGCCGCAGGUGAGCGACGUCAGUCUCGUGCUGGAUGUUGCUCUAUAG